ACCGACCCUCGGAAGCCGCCCCCGCGCUAGCCUGCAUCGGGGCCAUCCUGCAGCACCCAGCCGGGCUGUCCGGUCGUCAGCAGCAGCGCCCGGGCCAGGAUGCGCAGCAAGUCUGUGCCGACAUGGGCCGGGGCUGCGAUGCCGCGAGUGUGUCUGUUCUACUGGACUUGCUGGCGAGGGCAGCGGCGGAUGGCUCUAGCAGCGGCAGUCCACGGACGCAUGAACCGGCGCCUGGGGUGCUGGAGCUGCUGCCCCUCUGCCUGCACAGCCCUGAUACCCGGGCAUCAGUGCUGCGGCACAGCUCCGGACUGCGGGUGGUGCUGGUGCAGGCGGCGCAGUCGGAUGCCCGGGCGGCGGCUGUGCUGAAGCGGCUCGGGGGCGAUGACCAGCUGAAGACGGCUGUGGCGCGGCAGCUGUCGCAGGCGCUAACCAUCGAUGCAAUCUGCUCCAACGACCGGCACGUGGCUUCCCUGGC